AGGCACUGCCUUCGCGAGAGGUCCAGGGAGUUAUUUUUGGGCACUAAACUACUUCACAUGAACCCUGAAUACCAAAUCAGCCAUUAGCGUUCCUGUAUUCAGCCUCCUUCGUCCAGGGAUUCUGAGAAACCUUUCCUUUUUUCAUGGUUUUCACACAACAAUGGAUGAUAGUCCUCUGCAGCUUUUGACUCUGCCAACCGUUCCCUAUCCUGACCAGAAGCCAGGAACGAGUGGACUCAGGAAGAAAGUGCAUGUGUUUGAGACCAAGCAGGACUACCUGCAGAACUUCGUCCAGAGUAUAUUCACCUCCAUUGAUCUCAGAGACCGUCAGGGGUCCACUCUGGUCGUGGGAGGAGAUGGCCGCUAUUUCAAUAAAGCCGCUAUAGAAGUUAUUGUGCAAAUGGCAGCUGCAAAUGGGAUCGGCCGCCUGGUGAUUGGUCAGAAUGGGAUCAUGUCCACCCCUGCCGUGUCCUGUGUGAUCAGGAAGAUCAAAGCCAUCGGGGGCAUCAUCCUCACCGCCAGCCACAACCCGGGUGGACCCAGUGGAGACUUUGGAAUCAAGUUCAACAUUUCCAGCGGAGGUCCGGCCCCCGAAGCCAUCACAGACAAAAUCUUCCAGAUCAGCAAAAGUAUCGAAGAGUACGCCAUCUGCCCUGACCUCAAAGUGGACCUGUCCACCAUCGGCAAGCAGACCUUUGACCUGGAGAACAAAUUCAAGCCUUUCACAGUGGAGAUUGUGGAUUCUGUGGAAUCGUAUGCCAACAUGCUGAGGAACAUCUUCGACUUUGCUGCCCUGAAAGAGCUGCUGUCUGGUCCCAACCACAUAAAGGUCCGCUUAGACGCCAUGCAUGGAGUGGUGGGGCCCUAUGUGAAGAAGAUCCUGUGUGAGGAGCUGGGCUCUCCCGCCAACUCCGCCGUGAACUGCGUUCCCAAGGAGGACUUCGGGGGCCACCACCCCGACCCCAACCUGACCUACGCUGCUGACCUGGUGGAGACCAUGAAGGGUGGCGAGUACGAUUUCGGAGCUGCCUUUGAUGGUGACGGCGAUCGUAACAUGGUCCUGGGAAAGCACGGUUUCUUCGUCAACCCCUCGGACUCCGUCGCUGUCAUUGCAGCCAACAUCUUCAGCAUCCCGUACUUCCAGCAGACGGGGGUCAAAGGCUUCGCCCGCAGCAUGCCCACAAGUGGAGCCCUGGACAGUGUGGCCAAAGCCACCAAGAUCCAGCUGUACGAGACACCAACAGGGUGGAAGUUUUUCGGGAACUUGAUGGAUGCAGGCAAGCUGUCCCUGUGUGGAGAGGAGAGCUUCGGAACUGGUUCCGACCACAUCCGCGAGAAAGAUGGGCUGUGGGCAGUCCUGGCCUGGUUGUCAAUCCUUGCAACAAGGAAGCAGAGUGUGGAGGAGAUCAUGAAAGACCACUGGCAGAAAUAUGGCAGGAACUUCUUCACUAGGUACGACUAUGAGGAGGUGGACUCUGAUGCCGCCAACAAGAUGAUCAAGGAUCUGGAGACACUGAUGUUUGAUAAGGCCUUCAUUGGGCAGAAGUUCACAGUCGGAGACAAGACCUACCAGGUGGAGAAAGCUGACAACUUUGAGUACAGUGACCCAGUGGAUGGGAGCAUCUCUAGGAACCAGGGACUGAGAAUCAUUUUCUCAGAUGGGUCUCGCAUCAUUUUCCGUCUCAGUGGGACAGGCAGCGCUGGGGCAACUGUCAGGCUCUACAUAGACAGCUACGAGAAGGACCCCCAGAAAAUAUACCAGGACCCACAGGUCAUGUUGGCUCCUCUGGUGACGAUUGCUCUGAAGGUGUCCCAGCUUCACGAGAAGACAGGCCGUUCCGGCCCCACUGUGAUCACAUGAUCGCCCCGCCCUACCUCCAGCGCUGGGCCACGUCCUCAAAACGCCCCAAUCACAGUCUCACCAGAUCCCUUUUUUCACUGGUGUUGUCAUUUCCCCCAAAGUCCCCGCACCAUUGUACAUAAAAUCCAGCAAGAGAAAAUAAAGCAAACAUACAACAUCAAUUAAACAUUACUGUUCAAACACACAAGCA